AUGGUGGGGGACUCUAUCUCCGGAGAGGCCGGAGCCCCCUUCCGUUGCAAAGAGGAGCCCAUCGAGAACGAACGGCCACUGAAGGUGAGGGUCAUCGGAGCUGGCCUCUCGGGCGUCUACCUUGGCAUCAGAAUCCCUCAGCGUCUACGAAACAUCGACUUCAAGAUCUAUGAGAAGAAUGGCGGCAUCGGCGGCACGUGGUGGGAGAACAGGUAUCCCGGCUGCGCUUGUGACAUACCAGCCCAUUCGUAUCAGUUCACCUUCGAACCGAACAAAGCCUGGUCCGGCUUUUACGCCACCUCAACAGAGAUCUGCAAGUACAUCGAUGGCGUGGCUGAGAAGUAUGGGGCGAAGAGGUUUGUUCAGCUGCACCAUGAAGUCGUUGACUGUACUUGGGUGGAAAGUCUCAAACAAUGGCGCGUGACUGUCCACCGCCUGGACACCAAAGAGGACAUUGUGGAGACCGUGGACAUUGUGGUGACCGCCCGUGGGUCCCUGAACAAGACAAAGUGGCCACAGAUCCCAGGAAUCGAUGAUUUCGAAGGAGAGAAAAUGCACUCUUCAGCAUGGAACGAAAAGUACGACUUCCGCAACAAGAAGAUUGCCGUGAUAGGUGGCGGUUCCAGUUCCAUCCAGAUCGUUCCAGAGCUGCAGAAAGUUGACGGCGCUCAGCUUCACGUCUUUGUUCGAAACAAGACCUGGAUCAUAAACCGGUUCGGAGACUACAUCAUGGGCCAGAUGGGAUGGGAUACAAAGGACUUGGAAAUCUCGGAUGAGCGCAAAGCAGAAUGGGAGGAAAGUGAUGAAGCGUACCUCAAAUUCAGAAAGCUACUCGACGAUGACGGCAACUUCGUCCACUUCUCCUCCCUCACCGGCUCCGACAUGCAAAGAACAUUCAUAGAGACGUUUUCGAAAGUGACUCAGGACAGACUCUUGAACAGGCCUGACCUGCUUGACGUUUUCUCGCCGCCGUUUGGUGUGGGCUGUCGCAGGAUCACCCCUGGUCCGGGUUAUCUAGAGGCCCUGUGCGAGCCCAACGUCAACCUCGUUACCAGGAAUAUUGAGGUAAUCAACAAAACUGGCCUGGUAGUGGAAGGGCGACAAAUAGAUGCCGAUGUCCUCGUCUGCGCAACCGGCUUCGAUACCUCGUGUAUCCCUGGCUUUACGGUGGUCGGCAGAAACGGCGUGACCAUUGCGGACAAGUUCGCGCCAUUCCCCAAGAGCUACCUAUCGCUAGCGGUGGACGGCUUUCCAAACUACUUCAUGAUGCUCGGACCAAACUCAGGCAUCGCCGCUGGGUCUCUGAACCCAGUCCUGGAAGCCGAGGGAGACUACAUCAUCAAAUGCAUCCGCAAGCUGCAAAAGGAGGACUAUCUCACGAUGGCGCCUAAGAAAGCGAGGGUAGAGGACUUUUCCGACCUUGUUGGAGAGUAUUUCAAGAGGACUGUGUAUAUGGACGAAUGCAAGAGCUGGUACAAGACCGAGGGCGGCACGGGGGGACGCAUUUCAGCCCUCUGGCCGGGAAGUAUGUUGCAUCUGCUAGAGGCCCUCAGGGCACCGCGCUGGGAGGACUUUGACUUUGAGGCCAAAGACCAAAAUCGUCUACGCUGGCUGGGCAAUGGAUUCAGCGUUUGUCUUACAGGGGGUGGUGACCCGUCUUUUUAUUUGAACCCCGAUGUCGUGGACGUGCCCCCAGCCGGAACACCAGAGAUGGAUCUGAGGUACAAGGCUAGACCAUUCUCUCACUGA